AAAGAAUUCUUUGUCGGCCAAAAUUUGAAAUUUAUAUACUGCAAUACUAUGAAACCAUUUUAAAUUUAUACAUUAAUGUGGAAUGUGUAUGAUAAUAGACAUCAUAUAAACUGAACUUACUGUAUAUGAUUUCAACUUGCAUCGACGCCUGGUAAACAUUACCAAUCUGGUAGCUUUAAAAACUAUAAAUGGUAAAUCACUAGUAUAGCGUCAUUAAUGGUAACCAUUACACAUCUGUUGCAUAAUGAGAAUUCUAUUUAUAUGUGGUCCAUUUAAGAAAUGUAUGCGUUGUCGUCCUUCUACGGGAAAUUGCACACGCUAUCAUCUCUAAAUGCCAUAAUAGGGAAUCAUAUAGCUUGUUUGAAUAAGAUUCCGGUGACUUUUAUGAUUGACAAUCAGUUUCGAAGGGUAUCUACUACCCUAGGGGAUAAUGACAGAUGUCUACAUCACCAUACGGUUAAUAUCCGCAGAAGCCGUCAGCUGAUAGACAUCUCAGAUGGCGGCAAUGAGGCUAAUGGUGCCACGUUAAGUGGGCACAGGUAUAUGGAAACCGUAAAACCGGGAUCCACAUAUAAAAAAGAUUAUGCCAAUCUAAAACCUCAUGAGCUGCGCAAGCACAUUAAAUCUAGGAUGACGCCUGUAGAACUCGAAUUGAAGUAUGGCAAAAAGCUGGCCAGGAAACUGGUGAAGAGAAUUAAGCUGCGACAACACGGCAGGGUUUCAUGGAGCGCACGAGAUAGGGUAAGUGACGCUAAGGUGAAGCCUUUGACUUCGGAGGAUGUGGAGAUUGGAAGACGCCCGCGGAUCGAAAGAUUCCAUUUUCUGAAUAAGUCUAUAUACGAGAUGACUGGAGAUGAGUUUUAUGGUUCUUUCUUUCGUGACCGCGACCGUCGGGUAGAUGGUAAAGAAAGAUUACUGCGUCAGCUGGAAACUGAAAUCUUAGAUAAACAGAAUGCUGCUUUAUCUGGUGCUCCAAGAUCUCGCAUUUCUCCUCGGAAUUAUUGGUUCAAGCCUAAUUAUGUAUCUCCAACACCUAAUGAAGUUAAUAAGUUAAAUUCUUUGGAUCUUCGUUUCGUUAUGAUGAACGAAGCGAGGAAGGCAACGUUUGAUGUUGGAGUUGACCCUGAUCUUUGGGAUGCAUUCCUCAUACGAGUAAAUGCUAUUUCGGCAAAUGUUUCCCUUCGUACAUUGCUGCGUUUUCUUCAGAUAAUCUCGAAGGUGCAACUUCGACCAAAUGAUCAACUCAAAUUACUUGUUGACAGUAUUCAUCAACGCAGGGGCGAAAUGAAACCUAAGCACUACGUGUUUCUCUUUCAGGCAAUUGGACGACUGAGGAUCAGAGAUCAACGGAUAUAUGACAAUCUGUAUGAGAUGCUGUUGUGUUGGUCUGUUUUGAGAAAUAAUUUCUUGGUGAAGGCAGCUAAUGCGUUAGCCAAACUUGACGUUUGCGAUUCAAUUUUGAUAGAUCCUUUGCGUCAGGUACUGGGAAAACGCCUAAAUCACUUUACUUCAACUGACUGUUUGCGUGUUAAGGCCAUUACUGUUUUGGACUUGUUCACCGAUGACAUGGUGUUAGCUUUUCUCUCUCGAUGCGAGUACCACAAACAUCACUUUAGACAUUACUCGCGCAAUUUAGAGAUUAUUGAGCUGUAUAUGCGGAUUUUAGCUCCUAAACUAUACAACAGGGUCGACGAGUCAACAAAACAAUUUUUGAUUGACAUUCGACAGCAGACUUCGUCAAAGAAGAUAUUAAACGACGAUCUAGCAGGAGAAGAAUCAACACCUUCCGACUUAGCGGACUGCCGCAACACAGCUGCAAGUGGCGAACAAAGCGUAGCGCUACCCUUCGGAGAUGAUGCAAUUUCCCAUUGCCCGUAUCUUGAGAGUAUCAGCAAUACACUUUCUACUAUGGGAAUAGAACAUCGCAACUACAUGAUCGCAGGCCCAUUUGUGUUGGACAUUUACGAGCCACGGUCGAACACUGUUAUUGAGGUCAAUCGUGAAUACCAGUACUAUCACAACACUACCCAUUUAACCUCUACAGCUAGGAGGCGUCAUGAAUUGAUUGCUGGUAUGGGUUUUCGGCUGUUACACAUCCCAUAUCGCUGGUGGCGUCAGUUGGGGAGUGACGAGAGCAAAAAAAACGCGCUUCGUGAGCUGUUACACUUUAUUGAUUAAUGUUAUUGAUUAAGAGUAUUUUGGCUCCGUGUGUGCUUCGGCGGU